ACAUGACAUACUGCCGCCGUUAAUCAGUCCGACAAACAGCUCUGUGCCGUUCAAACGCCCGCCGAUCCAAUCCGUUCAAUCUGUCCAGGAUCUGCAGAAUCCCUGGACACAGCUCCCCGGUGCACACGUGCCAUGGAGGAUCACACAUACGCCUACAUCUCCGAGCCCGUGGAGUUUCGGCAGCUGGAGGGCAAAGCCAUAGACUUCCGCAAGACCUUUGAUCUGCGGGGCCAGGGGGGCGACGAAAUGCUCCAGUUGUACCUGCGGAAGGCCAACCUUUCCGACGACCUCGAGCGUUUGCCGGCUAUCAUGCGGCGCGCCUACGUCUAUGACAUAAUUAGGAGCAAUAAGGGUCCCGGCUACUGGGUGCCUCCUUCCAUGCAAGUGAGCACCGACGUCUUCGCCCAUCCGCCGCCCGCUGUUCGUCCACCGCCUUCCUACGCCGACAACGUCAGCACAAACGCCAGUAUCGACGGGAUGAAGAGCUCCUCCUCCUCCAACAGCCUGGACAGGUAUGCGGGCGCCCCGCCCUCUUUAGCCCUGGCGGGUCCCAGCUUCGCCACCAGCGUGUUGGUCAGCAACAAGGGUUCCAAGUACGAGAUCAGCGGACCAGUCAACUUCCAGCACGUUUCAGGCGAUGUGUUGCGUGAUCGAACGCGAAACGCCUUCGACCUGAACGCCGACUCCAAAGACAAGGUGUUAAAGAAGUACAUGAUGGAGCGGGGUAUCACGGAGGAGGACAUAAGCGGCAUGCGACGCCAAGAUGUGAUCAAGAAGAUUGUGCACUCCAAUUUUACAUGGAUGCCAUCAAAGAGUGAUAUGCAUGCGAAGCCGCAGGCUCAGGAGCCGGACAGGCCGCUGCUCUAUGCAACCAUUUCCACCAACAACACAAUUACUCCUCCGCCCUCACCUCCGCCGCCUUCAAUGGUCACUGCUUCAAAGCCAGCGGUUGCUCCAAACUUCUCCAACUAUGCCUCGCUCACAUCGCGGUUUGUGGAUAUAUCUGACUUGGAUUUACCUGGACCAGCACCGGCUGCUCCGACGCAUUCUAAUGUUAGACAGCAGGAGGUGGGUUCAGUGAUUCCCGUCCAGGUCCAACCGCAGGCAAACAGGCCGAAAGUUCCUCCGCCUCCGUCGGCGGUCAUGGCUAGGAACACACAUGGCUAUCCGGCGGCCAUUGACAUUAGCCAAGUACGGCCCUCGGCUCAGCCCAAGGUUUCCAAUGAAACAUAUGCAACUAUAGCGCCGCAGCGAAAGGCGGGUACCAUGCGUAUUCCACCGCCAGCGCCUCCGAAACCAACGAUAGUGCCCAAUACCAACUCGACAUCUUCCAUGGGAUCGCUUUAUGCCGUGUCUACGGUGCAGCAUGCGCCAGUUGUCAAGCCUCCGCCACCUGCUCCUCCAGCCAAGCCAACUUCUAGGGUUCCAUCUGACUAUGCUUCACCGCCGACAGUGCAGAAUACAAAGAUUAAUAGCGGUCAGGCGCCAGUUCCUCCACCGCCCCCACCAGUAGCAUCUGCAGGAGUACCUCCACCCCCGCCUCCAAUGCCAGUUGCCGUUGCAGGAGGAGCACCACCUCCACCGCCGCCUCCGCCAGCUGGCAUGGCAGGGGUUCCUCCACCACCUCCAAUGCAGAAGUCGCCACCCCAGGCUGCUCCGGCUGCCUCCUCCGGCGGAGACCCGAGUGAUGCAUUCCUGGCCAGUAUACGACAGGGAGUAACAUUGAAGAAAGUGGAUCAGAAGGCGGCCACCAUAAGCGGUAUUAAACCGCGUCCAGAACGAAAACCAGCAACCACCGAUUUCCUAAGUGAGCUAAAGCUGGGAAUAACUCUAAGGCGGGUCAAAAACCCAGCGGAUAAUCCCUAUUCCGAGGAAUCGGAAUCGCAGGCGUAACGGUUAAACUUAUGACUGCGCUCCACUUUACAACACUGAACCGAGCUGCCAGACUGGGAAAAUCUGCCUUAAUUUAAAAAUCCGCAAAAAUACUUUUAAUUUAAUAUUAAUCACCAUGACAAAUGCACCCAAAACGUUUGUAAAUAAACUUGUUUUCGCUAGA